UGUCCUGUUGGACGACAAAAUGGCGACUCCAGUGAAAGUGGCGAAGACAGAGUCCUGGGAUGUCUGCUUUGACGCCGCCGUGGAGGUGGCCAGAAAAGCUGGGGAGGAGAUCAGAAGUGCCUUCAGCAGUGAAAAGCGUAUCGAGACCAAGUCGUGUGCUGUGGACCUGGUGACAGAGACGGACCAGAAGGUGGAGAAGAUGAUCAUCUCCACACUGAGAGAGAAGUUUCCCACCCACAGUUUCAUCGGUGAGGAGUCGGCAGCGGCAGGUGAGAAAGUUGAGCUGACAGACAACCCCACCUGGAUCAUCGACCCUGUGGAUGGUACCACUAACUUUGUACACGGGUUCCCCUUUGUGGCUGUGUCUAUUGCCUUGUCAGUCAACAAAGAGGUUGUGGUUGGUGUUGUUUACAAUGCCAUUCUGGACCAGAUGUUCACAGGACAACUAGGGAAGGGCGCCUUCAUGAAUGGGAAACCUAUCCAUGUAUCUGGACAAGAAGAACUUAGCCAGUCCCUGCUUAUCUCAGAAUUUGGGUCCAGUAGAGACAAAGAAAAGAUGGACCUUGUCUUCAGUAAUCUGGGAUCUUUUCUUAACGAGAACAACUCAGCUCAUGGGUGCAGAUUUCUUGGCUCAGCGGCUCUGGAUAUGUGCCAGAUAGCCAUUGGUGGAGGAGACAUGUACUUCCAGUUUGGAAUCCACGUAUGGGACAUCGCAGCGGGGGCACUUAUUAUUAGGGAAGCUGGGGGAGUAGUGUGGGACACCUCAGGAGGACCAUUUGACAUGAUGUCCAGACGUGUCCUGUGUGCCAGUAGUGUGAAACUGGCCAGGACGAUAGCAGAAGGGCUGACACAGAUGGAACUAGAACGAGAUUAACUCAACUUUAAUAUAGCCGACUUUUGCCCUCUUUACUUGUAUAUGGUGUCGUAGGUAUCUUAAGUUGCAAUUCUCAUGGGACAUGCAGUUUUAAUGGAUUAAUUUCUUGGACAAGUUAAGGAAUUAUUAAAACAUACAGAAUUAUGGAGUGGUAGAGGUUCUUUAUUAUAUAUAUAUAAUAACAAUGUCAUUGUGUAACAAUAUCAUUGGUACAGUUAUAAGAGAACACCUCAGGAGCAAAAUAUUUAGGUGCUGUAUUGCAAAGCAUCAUUGAUAUCCUAGACUUCCACCUAUACAUGAAAUAUACUAUAAUAGUAUGUUAUAAUAGUAUAUUAGCCCAAAAUGGUAGGAAGUUUUACUUUUUACUAUAGAGUUUCUUAUAAUAUCAUCCUCCUUACUUCUUUUAUAAAUGAAACUGGUAGGUAAAAGUUGAAAAAACAACUUCUAUUAUGAUAGCACAUAAUAUAUGGAGUAAUAUGCACAGAAAUUAAGUGAGACUAUGUUGUAUUGGUAAUAGGUAAUUGUAUUGUGAUUAUUGUUGUCUUAACAAUAUUAUAUGCUAUCCCCAAAGUGCAUCAUACAUUAUCAAAGAGUAGGAAUGAUUUGGGUAAUAAACAUCUUAUGACACCAUAU